CUGCAGACAUUUUUGGAAAUGAAACUUUCUAAGAAGAAAAAUACUUUAACUAAAACAGUAGAACCUAUAACGAAAACUCGCACGGAUUUGACUACACAUCCUAUUAAUUUGGAGUUACCUACUAUGACAAAUAAUUCAAUUUUAGAACAAUCACCUAGCGAAGAUAAAAUUAAGCUAACUCCGAUUAUCGAAAGCGAAAAAGAGCCCUCUAAAACUUCUAUAAAGAAAAUUACAAUAAAUGAUAAUUCAUUGAACAAAAAUUCAGAUACCAUAACUAAGACAUCGUAUAAUUUUUCUACUGUAUCUAAUUCAGCCACUAAACAAGGAAUUCUUAAAAAAAUUGAAAAUUAUGAUAAUAAUUCAGCAAAAAAUAUAGCCAAUAUUAGAUUAAAAGAUACAUAUCAAGAGAUGUCUGUACGAUUUCAUAAAAAUACUGAAGUGAAACACUUUAACUGUAAUUUGAGUUUAACAAAACAAGUAAAAAAAUAUCAAUGGCGUCGCCAAAAUUAUAAUUUGACGAAGUAUUAAAUAAACUUAUAGCCAAAAUGAAGUAAUUAAGCAAUUACAUUAAAUCAAUAAA